AUUAUAUUUAACUAACAACAACUAAGAAGGCCAGUCAAAAUAUGCAAUUAUAUUAAUUAAAAAAAAAAGCCUGAAAAAAUCGUUGUGCGCAAAAUUAUUUAGUCACUAAAUUGGAGAAGCCAAAAAGGAGGAGUCAUAAAUCUCUGUUAACUUAAGUAAAAAUGAAUAUAGAAUAUUUCAAUGAAGGCCUCGAAUGUCUAAUGUAUUGCGGACAAAAACUAACGCCAGAGCAAAAAGUGUUAAUUGAAAAUUCGCUAAUAGUUCUCCAGAAUGAAAAUCGCUUCACAGGCAUGUACUUUUGGGGUCGCAUUAAUGCGAUAACUCGAGACUAUUACAUCGCAUUUGGUUAUACCCAGGAUUGCUUAAAAGAUCGUAAAUUUUUUUACACGAUUGAUGGAUAUCAAUGGAUGAUGUUACCUUUUGUGCAUAGUCCGAAAAUUUUUCAAGCUACUAUUUUAUGUCGCGAGCCUUUUAUAGGAGAUCCAAUUCUUGUAACAACGGUAGAACUGGACCCUACAUUCGAAAUAGAUGCUAAUCAAAUAAUCUCAGCUAAUUUGCCCGAAAAGGUUAAACUAAAAGAAGAAGAGCGCUUGGCGGCUAUUGUUUUUAUUAUCACUGAGGAAUGUGCAGUGUGCCCACGCGGUGCCCUUUAUAAGCUUACAGAUGGACGUGUUAUACCCAACCAAAUGUUUCGAGGCCUCAGCGAUUUACAAGUUGAAAAUAUUUCCAACUACCAAAUACUUCGCUUACCAAGAAACGAUUUAAAGCACAAUUUGCUAAAGCGCAGUGAUUACAACUACGCUGUUGAUUUCCUAGACUGUAUAGCCGAUGUAAUACCACUACGACAAGCGUUCUCUUUAAACUUGAUGCGAAACGAACGUUUGAUAGUUAUAAAAUCUUGCCUCUGGCCUGGUAUGACAUUUUUUCACAAGUUAAACUCUCGCAAACAUGGAUUUCUCUAUUUCGGUGACGGCAAGAAGAACUAUGAUCUUCUCUUUAUGUAUUAACAAAUACGAAAAUGAAAGUAUUAAUUACACCAAUACGGAAGAAAUUUAUCGAUGCCUCGCUGUCUAAAAUGCUCAUCUUACUUACUACGUACUAGUUUAAAAAAAUUAUAAUAUUCAUAUUAUGAAACAAAUUCAAAAUAAUUUCAAGAAAACAAUAAAAUCGUUGUAUGGCGUGAAAUUAGUUUUACAUUUUAUAAUACAGAAAUCUAUGGUGAUACUUACCUCCAACGUAAUUCGUUUUUGUUUUCGGACGACAGCAGGUGUCUUCUUUUUUACCUGUCUUCAACGGCAAAUCACUUUCAAUUCUCUGACGUUUCACUUCUGGGCCAAUAUUUAAGGUAUUUUCAUCAACUCCAAUACUAGGUUUAACUUGCGACUCCACAAUUCCUUCUAAUGAUACCUUUUCGGCUGCAUUCAUAUGCAUUAUAUCAGAUAUGCUCUUGUCUAAAUCUGAACGUAAUUUGUUGUCAU